CAAGUUUCUCGAUCGUUAUACUUUUAAUAUCUUCUAAAUCUCAUCAUAAGAAGUCUAUUAUGCCUAAAAAUCGAAGUGUUAGACGACCAAAGAGAAGAUUCUCGGGCAAUCAGCACACAAAAUUGCAAGAAACGUUGCCGAAAAUAGCCAAGAAAGACGAUGUCGGCGAGACACGUGUUGAUGUCAACACGUCCUCUAGGCGAUCUGUUUCGUCUAAAAAACUAUCUAAAGACGUCCCAAAAUUGAAGAAAGGUGCUCAGAGGUCAAAGGAAGAGGAAGGAAGACAAGAAACAGCAGCAAGAAGGACCAAGAUAUUGUGCAGGAUCAUUUUAGUGCAUUGAUUUAGCUGCAGGUGAUUUUUGCCGGCCUUUUCAUCGUUUUGGGGACUUUGACAGUGAGUGAAGGUAACAACUGCAGAUUGACACUAGAUGGCCUGGAGAGUUCGCGAGUGAAAAGCGAGCGAAACAACUAUGAAGAGAGAUAAGGUGAUUUUCGCCAUUCUCUUCGUUGCCAUAAUGACGGCUAUUUGGACAGCAGUUGCAGGGAACCUAGCUCUUCGCCAGCCCACUGCAUCCUUGAAUAUAUGGGAAGGCAGAGCACCUCCUCACCUCGCUGUGGAUGGGGUUAACAUGUCGACUUUUGCCAAUGGGUCUACCAUCUGGUGCUUUGGGACCUCCCCAGACCCUACUCACGGAGGGUGGUGGCGGGUGGACCUCGGACGGACCCACGUUGUGGAUGAAGUGUUUAUCAUAUAAAGGAGAGAUUGUUGCCAAGAAAGACUGGCAGGACUGGAAGUCAGAGUUGGAGACAGCCUGGUGAAUAACGGAACAGGGAACCCUAUGUGUGGGAGUAAGAUAACCACGGGACCUAUCAGCAAGCCCAUCUACUGCAGACCGGGUCUGCGAGGUCGCUAUGUCGUACUCUACAUCCCUGGAGUGAAUAACAGAUUUGAGAUAUGCGAGGUCAUGGUGAACCGGAACCCGACAGCGAAUCUAGCAUUGAGCAAAUCUACUGCCCAGUCCACUACUAAUCAUUCUGGUGAUGCUUCACGAGCUGUUGAUGGGAACACUGACGGGGACUAUGGUAAAGGAAGCUGCACGCACACUGAUUGGCAUACUAAUCCCUGGUGGCGCGUGGACCUGGGCACUACUCAACCAGUCUCGGAAGUAUUCCUGGUGAAUCGUUUAGGAGAUCAGGAUAGACUAAACAACGUUGAAGUCAGAGUUGGUGACUCUCUGACCGAUAACGGCAACACCAACCCUCGCUGUGGAGACAUGUUCUCCAUGGCAACACUGCAGAAGCUAUCCAUAUACUGCAAGCCGAGGAGAUCAGGACGCUAUGUGAACGUGCGUCUGGUGGGAGCUAGUAUGUUACUUACCCUGUGUGAGGUGGAGGUGUACUCCGAGAGCAAAGCUGUGAUCCUCAACAAACCCCCACCACCGGAGGUGCCUGAAAUCUACGACAUUGAAGCUACUUUUGCAAACUUUACAUGCCCUGAGGCGUUUGGGUACCCUGUGCCAGAUGUAGCCUGGGUACUAAAUGGCAAAGUUUACCAAAACGGUUCUAGUCGUCAUUUUCGGACACCAGCCUUGGAGGGGGUGGCGUAUGGGGACUUGACAUUGGAGUGCAUCGUGUCCAACAAACACGGCUCUGACUUCUACCAGUUUCCUGUUAAGCAUCUUAGUCACCUCAAGAUGUGUCGAGAUCACCAGACCAAAAAUCAUCCCACACGAGCUGUCACAUAUAAAGUCACAGGGAGCUAUAGCAACGACGGUGAUAUCAAUGAGACGGUAUGGCGGCGAUACGAAGCGGGGUCAGCACCCAUGCAGCUCGCCGAGUCGUGCGUACCUACCCAUCGCUGCAACACCAAGGCCACCGGAUGGAUGACGGAACCUCAUCCCAGCGCCCGCGAUGGCGUGGUUCAGCGGACAGUGUGUUUUCACUGGGACGGCGAUUGCUGCCGUUUUCAGACGCAAAUCUUUGUCCGCCGUUGCCAUGGAUUCUACGUGUACAGACUUAAAGCGCUGAAGUUUGCUGUGGAGGCAAGAUACUGCACUGCAGCACUUAAGACACCAUACGAUGAAAGCAUCUUGAUGUCCCAGUACAUAUCACCAUCUGGUCACGACAACUACGCGUUAUCACGUCACGCUGUCGCAAUAGAGCAAGAUGUCACGGUGGAAGAUUGCGUUAUGUUCUGCAUGCUGGAUCGCAGGUGUCAAUCACUAAACUACGUCACAAGCAGCAAGACUUGCGAGAUCAACAACUCGACCAGACACGAGAGCGAAGAUGAUGUUACACCAAGAGCAGGAGUACUCCAUUACGAGUCUGUACAGUUUAUACAAGUCAACGAUUAGUUGCGUGUGAUGUCAACGAUUAGAUGUAUAUGAUACCAGCGAUUAGAUGUGUGUGACGUCAAAGAUUAAAUGUGUGUGAUGUCAACGAUUAGAUGUGUGUGAUGUCAACGAUUAGAUGUGUGUAAUGUCAACGAUUAGAUGUGUGUGAUGUCAACGAUUAGAUGCUUGUGAUGUCAAAGAUUAGAUGUGUGUGAUGUCAAAUAUUAAAUGUGUGUGUUGUCAACGAUUAGAUGUGUGUUAUGUCAACAAUUAGAUGCUUGUGAUGUCAACGAUUAGAUGUAUAUGAUACCAGCGAUUAGAUGCCAAAGAUUAAAUGUGUGUGAUGUCAACGAUUAGAUGUGUGUGAUGUCAACGAUUAGAUGUGUGUGAUGUCAACGAUUAGAUGCUUGUGAUGUCAACGAUUAGAUGUGUGUGAUGUCAAAGAUUAAAUGUGUGUGUUGUCAACGAUUAGAUGUGUUUUAUGUCAACAAUUAGAUGCUUGUGAUGUCAACGAUUAGAUGUGUGAUGUCAAAGAUUAGAUGCUUGUGAUGUCAACGAUUAGAUGUGUGUGAUGUCAAAGAUUAGAUGUGUGUGAUGUCAAAGAUUAAAUGUGUGUUAUGUCAACGAUUAGAUGCUUGUGAUGUCAACGAUUAGAUGUUUGAUGUCAAAGAUUAGAUGCUUGUGAUGUCAACGAUUAGAUGUGUGUGAUGUCAAAGAUUAGAUGUGUGUGAUGUCAAAGAAUAAAUGUGUGUGAUGUCAACGAUUAGAUGCGUGUGGUGUCUGGUGUCACGAUUAGAUGUUUGUGGUAUUAAAAAUACCAGAAAAAUGAAAUGCUUGUUUACUGGACACGAGAGCACGGAGGACUUCACAGUGAGUACAAAAGAUCUGUUCAAGAUACUCCCAGAUUCUGUCCGAUCGUGUUACUACUACUGGUAAACUUCACAGUACAGUCCAACCUGACUUACGCUCGGUUAGUCGGCAGCACCAGUUCUCUAACACUAGUACUGACAUUAGAGUUGGGUGCAGUAUUUGGCCGAAAUUCAUAGACUAGAUAUACUAAAAAACUAUAUCAGAGGGCUUGAGGUCACCUCCAAGUUACUGAAAGCGAUUGGAUCCAAGCAGCAGAAGCUUUGAUGGCUACGCCAUCAGGCCUACCGCCAUGGGCUUUCAACCUACGUGUUCAUCUGCUUAGGAGUUCUUAGCCAUAGUCCAUAGGCUUCGUUAUCUGGUAGAGAUCAGUAACCCACUGUUGUCAGAACUUUUUCAUGGGAAUACGUCACCUAGUUACAUACUUCAGCUCGGCGAACUGGGUCGCCAUCGGGGUCUUCUGGCCUGACCACUUCCAUUAAGUUAACGCCCGCCCUCCAGCUCUCUUCUGACAUGCGGCACAGCAUUGCCGUCUACAACCAUCUUGUCGAAGUAUGGUAACGACACUCUUUAGUACUCCCACGAUGGGGGUAUGACGUGGAACUUGGUUCGAUGACAUCCAGGGCGUUAUCACAGGCCCUGAAGCGCCACGGGCACAAAACCAAGAGCAUCAGACUCACCAGAUAGGCUACCAGAUACAUCUCAGAGGGACGAGCUUUUCGGGUUUGAGCCACAGGUUCUUACCGACCGCGUACGGGUCCCGAACAUCCCGGACUAGUGAGUCCUCUCGAGCGUAGCAGUGUAGGCAACGCUCGCAGAAAUGAUGUAACGUAACAUGCUAUUUGUAAUAACUUUAUUAUUUUAGACUUAAUAGCUGCCACUUUGCCUGAAGUUGAUGGAACAGCUAAAUGCGUUUUUGUUUGGUUCACAAACUUAUACUGACUAAGUAACCGUUCGGAAAAGGAAUUUGUGAAACGAGAUGGGGGGACAAUGUGAGUUCACCCCAAAAAUAGGUGUGUCGGUAUCCUUUUCCAAGUGGUACUUGAGAGUUGAAAAUCGACCACCUGUUCCCGUUUGGUGCGCAUUAACUGACGGCAGAAAGCUGUAGCUGACUUCACGAGUAGGUUACUGUAGGUAUCAUCUAGGUUUAGGGUAACUGUGUAGCCAGGUUAUAGAAACCAAAAUUUACAUGCGCAAUAGCACAGCAAGCAUGUAGUGUGUAACUAAACUGCGUCUUGCUAAAACAACAAGCGAAGGACUGUCUGUCAAGGCGGGAAACGGUGCCACAGCUCUAGAAAAUGUGCCAGGUCUAACGCUACUAGGACUUCACGUUGAUAGCGAACUCUCGUUUAACGAUCAUGUAGAAAAGAUUUGCAAAAAAGUGGCCUCCCGUAUAGCAAUUUUAAGAAAAAUAAGAUCGUUUUUACCAUUAGCUCAACGCAGGCAAUUUUAUGAUGCGUUAAUACAACCAAUUUUAAUUAUGGCAGCGCAGUAUGGAGCGUGUGUAACAAAGAACUUUUAUAUAGAAUUUUCAAGCUACAAAAGCGUGCAGCUAGAGUAAUUCCUUUUGCAGAACCGCGCGCACCCUCUGUGGAACUCUUUAAUCGACUUAGCUGGAUUCCAUCCUCGUUCCCAGGGUCUUCCUCUCAUAUCCCCCUUCCGCCUGGGGCUAGGGGAGGGUGGGACCCUGGGAACGAGGAUGACUGGAUUCCUGUUUACGAACAUUUUAAAAUUAGCGCUCUUGUACAUAAGCGGAUACACGGUAACGUACCUUCAUUUUUAAGUGAACACCUGACUCUUAAUAGUUUUGUACAAAGUAGAUCCACACGCUAUGCGGAUUUUAAUCUCCGCUGCCCGAAAUACAGUAAGGAGACAGAGAGAGGGGGGGGGGGGGGGGGGGACUUUUUCCGUUUCUGCCACCCGCCUUUGGAACAGUCUCCCUUUUACGACAAGGAGAAUCGAACGGCCUGUGUCCUUCAAAAAAUCUAAGAGAUCGGGCAUUUUCGGAGCAGCGUCUUUUACAUCAUUUUACUAUAUAAUUUUUGUUAUUUAUUGUUAAUUUUUAAUAUAGUUUAUCUCAGUAUUUUCAACAGUUUUAUUUGAACAUAUCAUAUAUUUAAGGGAAGGCCACAAGUUUAUUAGCGUUGCUAUUUAUUAAAUAAACCCCUUCUGGCGGCUGGGAUAUCGGCAGAUAAUGUCCAAGGAUUAGAAAUGGUACGAAAAAUAAACAGUUGGCCGAGAAGCGAAGCUGAGCCACAACGAGCCAAAGAAGGGGUUUAUUUAUUUUAUAUCCCAGUGACUACACUGAAAAUGCAAAAAGUGUUUUUUGCAGCAUGCGCUGACAUGCACUGGAAUGACGCCAAGAGCGCACGCUGUUAUUUUUGCCAUUCGCGUAAGAUAAAAAUUCAUGCAACAAAUUUUUCAUUUGAACAAAAACUAUGAACUCAAAACUUGCAUUUCGAUUUAUAGAUUUACACCUAGACGGUUUUCUUAUUGUUCUGCUGAGAGCUGGAAUAGAAAUUGAAUCAAAAGUUUUCAAUUUUGAAAUGUCUUCUGCGCGCGCUGACAUGCACGGGAAUGACGACACUAUCGCGCGCGCUGUUGUGAAGUUUAUUGUUUUUUUUUUCUUUCACGUUUCAGGAUAAAUUCUAUACAAUUAUAUUGAUGAUAAUUCUAUAAAAGAAAUCAAACGUUUUUUUUUUGUGCGUUUUGAAAACCUUGGAGUUUGUUUAAUGAGUUAUUGAGGAGACGAAAAGCGGGUUUUGACUGCACAAAAAUGUUCACAGGACAGAUAUCACUUUGGCUGGAGGUUAUCGCCUGAUAUUUGUCCUGUGAAAAUGUGCACGUGACCCGUAUUGACCAAUGAGCACGCGUGAAAAUUCAUCACUGGGAUAUAAUAUGUGUUACCCUCAUUCUAAAUAAAGUCUAUACUUACUUACUAUGCCGUCUUAGGAGCACAUAAAAGGGGUGCGGUAGAUACACCGUAAACACCUUGUAAAACCUUCAUCCGUGUAACAACGUAGAGAAGUAAACCCGGUAUCUACCCCCAA